CAAGUGUCAUAGCCGUUCCCGUCGGUCGACAGUGUUGCGAGACUCGAAUCCGGUGAUUUAAUUAGGAAUAACGUACUUCUUUUUUUUAGUAAAAUUGUGAAACUUUAAGCAAUAAUGACCGACAAGAAAGCGUAUCCGGUGGCGCCGCAUCCACCGACUGGCUUUGUUCCCGCGCCGACGCAACCCCCGACUUAUGGUGUUGCAGGCGCUGCCCCUUAUGGAGUAUUUCCCAAUCAGCCUCAAUUGUACGCGACGCAAGGUCCACCACCGCCGACGUAUGAUCAAACUCUUACACAUCCUAUGAUGUAUCAACCAAUGUACGGGCAAGGAUAUCCUUUACAAUAUUAUCCACCAGGAUAUCCCUUGCAAUAUUAUCCGCCGUUAGCUGCGACAACAGCAUACUAUCCUGCUAUGCAACCCGCCCCUGUAAGACCUACCAUUAUGGUACCUAAUGGUUUUGACGGUACCCGGUUCGAUGGCAUCUCGCAACCGGUGUUGCCACCACCGCCACCUGGAGUGGCCGCGAACGCUGCGCAGCUGGCCGCGAUGGCCGGCCAUAGUGUGGCUCUCUCGCAAAAGAAGGGCUCGUUCCUGGGAGGAGGAACGGAGGGCGGUUAUACCUUUUGGUAA